GCAAUAGCUGCCAGUCCUGACUGGAAUGGGAACUGCCUUCUAUGGAUUAUAUUUCUAUGGUUGGUUGCAGCUGUCAGUUUGCCUUUCACAAAUGUCUAAAUACAAUCGUGAGAAAAACAUUAGGCCAACUGUUUGAAAAGCAAAGGCCUACUGCUGAGAAGAAAAGACUAAUCUUUCCGUAGAACCUAACACACUUUUGAGCGAUUCUUGAGAUAUCGGCACGAGCGCAUCUGCCAUCACCGGUAUGCUGCAGAAUGGGAAGAAGUUUGACUCUUCUCGAGACAGAAACAAGCCCUUCAAGUUCAAGAUCGGGCGACAGGAAGUCAUCAAGGGCUGGGAGGAAGGAAUCGCACAGAUGAGCGUGGGCCAGCGGGCGAAGAUCACCUGCACGCCGGAUAUGGCCUAUGGAGCCACAGGUCACCCCGGUGUCAUCCCCCCCAACGCCACCCUCAUCUUCGAUGUUGAGCUCCUUAAGCUGGAGUGAGUGACCCCUCUCUGGGGUCAGGGGUGAAUGGUCAACUGGGGCCUAAAAGGUCACUCACUACCUUCCCUUUGAGGGGGUAACACUGCUCCAUACCAUUGACCAACGCUCCUUUGAUUUUUAGCAUCUUCAACUUCUCAACAGUUAAAGGAUCUACUGCUUUGUUGCCAACUUUGUGUCAUUGUAGAUGGAUGCUGUCUGCCGCUAAACUGAUUUUAGACUUUUUACACACUGAUGAUACCAUAAUUUGGCUUCCUCUUUGUUUUAAUGUUUUUAAUGUCCAUGAGCAUUGUUUUUAUUUUUCAAAAUGUUUCCCUUUCAUUUUAGGUUGUACAUUUUCUUGAAUCUGUGUAUGACAAAGAAACAUCCCAUGAAUGCCGUAAUAUAUUACAAUGGAAAGUCACUGCCUUACUGUUUUUCAAAGCUCAAAUAAGGUGUAACAGUACAACACUCUGUAUCUCAGGGUUCCUCUACUCCGGUCGGGAGAGCUACUGGGUAUGGCUUUUGUUCCAGCCCAGUACGAAUGCAGAUUGAAGGUGUGUUAGUGCUGGUCUGGAUCAAAAGCCUACACACUCCAGUAGCUCUCCAGGACCAGAGUUGGAGAACCUUGUCGUAUCUUGACUGGGCAUUACCAACCACUGUCUGCAUUGCCACUUUUGAUAAAGGUCUGUCCAGCUGAACGCUUUAAUGGUCAGGAGCUUUCCUGACCAUGAGACCUCCCUAAGUAACAGAACUUAACACUCUAAAACUAGGGCUACAACUAGGGCCUGCAAUUGUUCCUGGUCAGGUCACAUGGUGAUGAAAAACCCCUGCCCUGCAUAAGGAUAACUGAUGUUUCUGUGUUUUAGUACAUUUUGUAUCCCUGGUAAACAUUUACCGCAAAAAUGCCACAUAUGAAGAAAUGAAGGACAUCAGAAACCCAAAUCCACUGUACAGUACUACUCUUAAAACCUAUGAAUACUAUGACAGUUUAAUCAAGCAACUCUUAAUAAAAAUGGUGAGAACUGUA